AAUGAAUUAGAUUAAGUUUGGAUGGAAAGCGGAGUAUCUGAAGAUGUUAUGUCUGUUCUAGUUUAAUUAAUUUUACAUAGAGAAACAGCAUAUUUUGCAUAUGUUGUAACUAUAGCUGUUCUUCAAAAUAAUGAAUAAUAAAUUAAAAGAGAAGGUGUAUGUGCAGUUUCAUUACCUACAACUAAGCAUAUUACUGCUGGUUUAAAAUCAUACACUUAAGUAUUUAUUAGGUUUUGGAUAAACUACAUUUCUAUUUAAUUAUGAUGUUUUAGCUGAUUUCUGUUCAAAUUAUACUAUUAUGCCUAAUCCUAAAUUUAAAGAUCCUAAAUGCUUAAAUUGA